AUGAAGUUUGGUAAACAUUUAGAAGCCAGGCAAAUUGAGAUUCCUGAACAUAAUGGUUAUUUCAUAGAUUAUAAGAGUUUGAAGAAACUUAUAAAACAAUUAGCAUUUACCAGUGUGAAACCAACUGAUGAAUCAAAUGCAGUUGAUGAACUUGCUGAUACAGAAGAUAAUAACAUAGAUGGAAUGAAUUCGUUUGAUGAAUCCAUUAUUUACAAAAGAUUACAAGAAAAUCAAUCAUCAUUUUUUUUCAAAUUAGAGAGAGAAUUAGAAAAAGUUAAUUCAUACUAUUUGGAAAAAGAAUUAAAUUUGCAUAUUAAAUACGAUAUUUUACAAAAAAAAUUUGAUAAAUAUAAGAAUCGUGGUAAAUUAACAUCAAAAGAUACUACAUCCUAUAAAAUAUUUCUGGGUGGUAUUAAAAAAUUUCAAAAAGAUUUAGAUAAUUUGGAACAAUACGUUAAGUUAAAUAGAACAGGUUUCUUAAAAGUAUUAAAAAAAUGGGAUAAAAGGUCGCACUCACAACAAAAGGAAUUUUAUUUUGCAACAGUCAUUUCUGUUCAACCUAUAUUCACAAAAAAUGAUAUUUCAGUAUUGAAUGAUUCAAUACUAACAUUAUUAAUCACUUUAGAUGAAAUAUGCAGUCAAUCUUAUGCAAACCCAAAUGGUUCAAAUAUGACUAGAAAUUCAAUAAGAGGAUCUGUAGAUCAUGAAGGAAUAGCUUCGUUAAUGAGAGAUACAAAGAAAAAUGAUACGGUUAACACGGUGCAUGAUGAACUGACUGACAGACAUAGUCCGAUUAAUGUAGUUAAUAAUCAAAUAACAGAUGAUACAAACAAUUUACAGUUAGCUAAUUUUGAUUAUGAAAUGGAAAUUGAAUCGGAAAUCGAAGAUUGGUAUAAAGAAUUAAUUUACAUAGAUAAAAUUAAAGAUGAAACAAGGAAGAAAAAUAUGUUAACAUCAUUUUUUGAUAAUAAAAUUAAAUAUAAUGUUGAACAAUUGAAUAAAAAUAAUGAAGUUGAUCUAAAUAUUAAAUUUCGUGAUUCAACAUCAAAACUAUUUAGUUUAUUGAUCGAUAGUGAACUAUCAGAUGAUGCACUACAGACUUUUUAUGAAUCAGUGAAGUUACACAUUGAUUUAGCCUAUUUCGAUGAAAGUGAUGUAGUUUUUUCCAGAAGAAAUAUUUUACAUGAGUCUGCUAGAUGCAUGGCACACUCUAGACAUUUCAUUUUACAAGAAGCUUUUAAAAGGUUACCUACGGAGGUCUUUCGUAAACUGCUUAAUGCUAAAGAUUCUCAUCUUAGAAUACCUUUACAUUAUGCAUCCGAAUUUGGAAAACUUGAGUUUGUCAAGCUUAUAAUAGCAUCACAAUUAUUAAAUUCUGUUGACGAUUUAGAUAAUAAUUCCCAUACCCCAAUGAGUUUAGCCAUAAUAAAUAACCACAAUGAUAUCGUCAAAACUCUCCUUUUGGAAGGUAAUGCAAAACCAUCACCAGAAUCAGAUGAAAGCUCAAAUCCUCAGUUUGCACCAUUGAUUAUUGCAUGCGAAUCUAACAAUUACGACGCAGCAAAGUUACUAUUACAAAUUGGGUCAAUUGAGGUAAAUAAAACUACAGAUUACAUAGGUUUAGGAUGUCUACAUAUAGUGGCAAAAAGAGGUGGGAGCAAAGAAUUGAUCAAAUUGUUAAUUUCGAAUGGAGCUGAUGCAAAUGGAAUUGAUGAAUUUAAUAAAUGGACCCCGUUAAUAUAUGCAGUUCAAGAAGGGCAUAGCCACGUUGUAACAGAAUUACUUGAUAAUGGCGCAGAUGCAGAAAUUACCGAUGAGAAUGAUAGAGGACCUUUAUUUUAUGCCAUCUGGGAAGGUCAUAUUAAUGUUUUAAAUUUAAUUUUAAAAAAACUGAAUUCAUCGGAUAUCCGUAAAAGAGUGCCAUCAACUAAUGGCACUGUAGCAUCAAAUACCAUUAAAUUAGAUGAUGAUUUCGAUGAAAUACCUGAUUUUGCAUUGCCUCCGCCUAUUAUUCCUUUGAGAAAAUAUGGUCAUAAUUUUUUGGAAAAGAAAACUUUUGUAAAAAUAAUUUUAAAAUCUAAUCAAGAUUUUAUUAAAUUUAACCAAGAUGAUGGUGUACUUUCGCUUCAACCUGGGAGAAUUACAUUGACAUCUAACUCUCCUGAAUCAUUUCCACGUAAUAUUAUAUUGCCCAUCAAGGAAGAAGAGGACAGUGAGAUUAUUUUCCAAGUCGAUUCCUUUGAAAAGUUUAAUGUAGAUUUUGAAAUUUACCCAUCCUAUGGUACGAGACUUCUUGCAAAGACAACCGUUAUACCAAAUAUGUUGAACCUUCAAUCAUUAGAUGGUACAGGAACUGCAUCAAUGCCACUAUUUGAUUAUAAAUUGAAAUAUAUUGGGACUCUAACCGUCGAUUACCAGAUAAUCUUUCCUUGUAAUAUUGUGAAACCAUUGGAUAUAUCAAAAUACGAGACAUAUUGGAAAUCCACUACUAGCGACAAUACUAUUAACAAUUCUAUUCACGAGUUUGUUACAAGUUCCUCUUUAAAAGGUAGUUAUCUUUCGGUCAAAGUAUCUUCUUUAAGAGAUGGUACUGUUGUGGUAACUCCUUCAGUUUAUCUGUUGGUGGGUGGUGUUAAUAUAUUUAUGCUAGAUCUUGACAAGGAACAAUUAGAGAGAAUUAUCGGUUAUGAUAUAGAAAAGAUUCCUGAGUUUAAUAAUUCGAAUGAUUUGAAACAUUAUCUUAAGGACAAAGUUGUAACAUUAGAGAAAUUACUGGCCACCUCGUCCUCUUCCAUUCAAUUAGAUAUACAAGUUGCAUAUCCAACUGAACAAGAAUUUGGUAAAGUCCUACUGAGUGGGACUAAAGUUGUUGACUUGAAUUCCUAUAUAGACACAGUUCUUCUAACAACCUUCGAGCAUAUUAGAGAUUUGCGACAUUCUGGUAAAUCACUAAGAUCUAUUAUGUUCAGUUCAUGCAACAUCCAAGCAUGCUCUAUUAUUAAUUGGAAACAACCAAAUUUUGCAGUUAUAUUCAUUAUAAAUUCAUUAUACAAGCUAAACAAUGAAUUUAUAAUGGAUACUGCCCAUAGAUUAAGAACCAUUAUGCCAAAAUUUGAUACUGUUCUAGAUAAAGAUGAUGGAUAUUAUUGCAUCCAUGAAAAAAUAAAACUAUCUGCUAAUAAUAAUUUAUUAGGUAUAGUCAUUCCAAAUGAGAUAUUACAAAUUUCUCCUCAACUGGCAGAGAUAAUAAGAGCGAACGGAUUACUAUUAAUAAGUUCAAACGUUGAUCAUUCUGAAAGUGUCUCAAUUGAUGACAACAUCAAUGGUGUUUUGGUUGAUUCCGAGUUAGAGUUUAGCAGAAUUAAUUAA